GAGCUAUAGAUGGGACACAUGUUCGGGUCAAGGUUCCAAGGGCAGAAGCCCCUCGCUUUCGUGGAAGAAAGGAUUGCCCCACGCAAAAUGUCUUCGAUGCAUGUGAUUUCGACAUGAAAUUCACAUACGUUCUAGCAGGGUGGGAAGGAACAGCUUCAGACUCUAGAAUUUUAAAGGAUGCCUUGAGUAGGGAAGACCCUUUAAUAAUACCAGAAGGAAAAUUUUAUCUUGGGGAUGCGGGAUUUAUGCUUAAACCUGGGAUACUUACACCAUAUAGAGGUGUUCGUUAUCACUUGAAGGAGUAUUCAACUCGAGGCCCCCAAAAUCCUAGAGAGUUGUUCAACCUACGCCACUCUUCACUCAGAAAUGUCAUAGAGAGAACUUUUGGUGUAUUAAAAAAAAGAUUUCCCAUCAUAUCCAGCGGAACAGAACCACAUUAUUCGUUUGAAGUAAUGAGGAACAUAGUAGUUGCUUGCUGUAUACUGCAUAAUUUUUUAAUGGGUGUGGACAUUGAUGAAGCCUUAAUGGCUGAAGUUGACCGUGAAUUGCUUCAACGUGACAUAGAUAGAUCCCAGGCUCAACGUGAUGAGGAGUACAGACAAGGCCAACUUCUAAGGGAUAAUAUUGCAAAUGAAAUGUGGAAUGUUUAUCAAGUUUAGUGUUGUUGUCUCAUGGUUCCUAGGUCUUCAUCUUGUAAUUUAUACUUGGAUUAUGUGCAUGUAAACUUUGAUGUUGUUAUUCAUGUUUUCCAUAUGUCAUUAGUGUUGGGUUAUUCUUUCUACUUGUUAUUUAUUGAUCUGUGAAGUAUUGAAUUGAUUUGGGUAAUGUCAAAGACUAUUCUUCUCAUAUGUAUUUGUCAUUGAUUCCUAAAAUACAAUGGUCAGCAUUCUCUAUCCUUCAAUCUAUUUACCACAAUUGUAUUUAUAGGUUGAAAGAUGUCAAAGAGUAAAGGUCAAGCUGGGGAACCUACUCAAGUCCGUGCAGUGAUCUUGAGGUGGACUGAAGACAUGGACCAAAUAUUACUGGAUGCCUUUUGUGAGGAGGUUACCAAGGGAAAUAGGCCGGAUGGUGCAUGGACAACGCAAGGCUAUGCUAAUGUACUUGAGGCAUUAAGGGCUGGCGUUUCACCAACCAUGACAAAGCAAAAUAUUAAAAAUAGAAUGAAAACCAUGAAGGAUAACUUCACUGAGGCUUAUGAUCUAUUCAAAGGUCUUAGUGGCUUUGCAUGGAGUCCAAUGACUAAGAGGUUUGAGGCUGAGGAUCAUGUAUGGGAGGAAUUAAUUAAGGAAAAACCUCAUGCUAUUAAAUGGAAACGAUCGCAAGUCAAGCACUAUGAUACAUUGAAGGAGCUUUUUGGUGCUGAUCGAGCAACGGGAAAAAAAGCCUUAAGUGCUGGCCAAAUAUUGCGUGAAAUGGAGAAGGAAACUGUGGACUUAAAUGAUGUUGGCGAUGACACUUCUAUGCCGGAACCAAAUGCUGGUGUAUUUGAGGGGGAGCAAUUCUCCCCUCCUAAUGUUGACUCUUUUAGCCCAGCCCAAGCACCCUCCCAUCAAUCUACAGGUACAUCUGGUUCACGAGGAACAAAGCGUAAGACACCGAUGAUUGAUUCCUUUGAUUCUCAAGUGGAGAAAAUGACCAGUGCUCUUGGAUUGAUGUCUGAUGCAUUGAUUAGUGGUAAUUGUAUUUCUAGUAAGCUGCAUGAUGUGGCUGAAAGGCAGGUGGGAGUCGCAGAACGUCAAGUUGUAGCAAUUGAAGAGCGCAAUGAAAUUUACAAAGACCAGUUGACCGUCUUUAAACAUAGUAAACCACGUAUAUAUACUGAAUCAGAUGUGUGGAACAUGUUGACUGAACUGAAUGUAAUUGAUCACCUCCGCAUGCAGUGCUAUGAAUUUUUAUGCACUAAUGAUCAAAAGAAGCGCCUGCUUUUUGGUGUACCAGCUCACAUGCGCCUGCAGACUCUGUUUCAAAUGAUGAAUGUCGGUGGGCUGCAGUGACAGUUCAUGUUCAGCCUAUGUUUUUUUGCUAGUGUGCAUUAUGUACUUUUUGGGGUGUUUGUACUGAAGACAUCUUCUAGUGCCUUUAGCUAUUUUGUGUUACUAAUUUGUAAUCUAUUAUGGAAAGAAGUAGGAAGCUAGGGAAGGGUUUUUUGAUGUAAAAGGAUCUAUUUUUUUGUUAUGGUGGCAGUCAUAUGCUUUGUAAGCCUUUUGAAUGUAAUUGACUCAAACAUUAUGUAUGGAU